UAAAGUUAAAUUAAUUAUAAUAAUUAAAAAUAUGAGUACCGAUGAAGACAUUCAAUACCGAGAAAUUUAUGCAACAUGGACAUUGCCGCAAACUUUAACAGCAGCUGGAGUUGUAUGCGUUUUGUAUUUAUUAACAGUUGUCAAAUUCUUGCCGAAUUACAUGAAAGAUAGAAAACCAUACAGUUUGAAGACAGUUAUUUUAUUAUACAAUGUUGUUCAAGUUGCUUUAUCCGCUUACAAUUUCUACUUGUUUAUCGUUCAUACGUUUCAAUAUGGCGUGUUCCCGAGCAAAUGUUGGAAUGAUAUGAAUCAACCGAUGGUGAAUUCAAUAUUGGAACCUAUUAUGUGGUAUUUCAUAGCGAAGCACUUAGAUUUAUUAGACACUAUCUUCUUUGUCCUUCGCAAGAAAUUCAACCAAGUGACGUUUCUACAUGUAUAUCACCACUUUAUUAUGGUUGCUUGGGGCUGGAUAUACUAUACCUACUUUCCUACAGACAUAUAUGUGUUCCUUGCAAUGCUCAAUUGCUUCGUACAUGUCAUAAUGUACACAUACUAUGCAUUGGCUUCUUUGGGACCGAAGUAUGCCAAAUAUAUUUGGUGGAAAAAAUAUCUUACGACGCUGCAAUUGACACAAUUCCUUCUGAUCAUCCUUUACCUUCUUUAUCAUAAUAAGACAUCGCCGUGUCCUACAUCGCGUCUGUUGCAUUGGUACGGAGUCAGCAGUAUUGCUGUGUUUUUCGUACUGUUCAUAAAUUUUUACAUAAGAAGUUACUUCAGAAAGAAAAUAGCAAAAGAUAAUUAAUGAAUCUGGAAAGUUGUGUCUUAAAUGCAAAAUGGGAGAAGAAUUUUUUAAAUGAGAAUGUGUGCCUGAAAUAAAGAUACGUUUAGUAAUAAUUGUCCAUACAUAAUUCUUACAUUGAUACUACGAGUAAUAAAAAUGUCAUAAACAUUACAGUUAAAGUUUUUAGAUGUUUUAUCAUAGUUUAUCAUUUUAGUAAAUAAAAUAAUCUUUGUAACUUAUGUUUAGAUAAAACUUUGCUAUUAAAAUUAUGCAGGCGUUCCUUAAUUUUAUUUAUAAACUAUUCCCACCAUCAACUAGUGGGCAGUUGUUGAAACCA